AUGUGGGGUCUUUUGAUAUUAGUCAGUUUGACUAUAAAUUGUGAAGCAAUAAAAGUCGCCUCGGGACUUGUCGAUCCAGAAUGGCAGGAUCUGUUUUCCGCUGGAGGAAUGCACAUCGGACACGGACGUUCUAAGCGUUUCGUGGAGCUUAAUGACAACCAGCCGAACGUCCCGCAUCAAGCGUGCCUCCUCCCGGACGGCAAGCCUGGCCACUGUCGCCAUUUACACUAUUGCAUUCAAGAAGACUUUCAAAGGGAUUUUAUGAAAUUUAUGGAUUAUCUCUGCAUUAUACAGCACUCAGCCAUCGGUGUGUGCUGCCCGGACAGCUUGGGCGAGGGCGCACUAGAAGCGCUCGCAGGUGACCUGCCCGCGACUGCUCCAAAAGAUGAAAAUGAGAUAACAGUCAAGAUCUCUAAUCGAGCUGAAAAUAGAGGGUGUGGUCUAAGCACUCGAGCCCAGAGUCGGGCGGUAGGCGCUCGUCCUGCCAACCCCCGGGAGUGGCCGUGGAUGGCCUCAAUCACCCCUGAAGGUUUCGAACAGUAUUGCGGUGGGACUCUCAUCACCGACCGUCAUGUUAUGACCGCCGCCCAUUGCACUCGCAGGUGGAAAGCCGAAGAGUUAUAUGUUCGUCUCGGCGAAUACGACUUCCGGAGGACAAAUGACUCUCGUUCCUACAAUUUCCGCGUUAUUGAAAUACGCCAGCAUGAGUUGUUUGACCACACCAAUUACCACCAUGAUAUCGCCAUACUAAAGCUGCAUCGAGCUGCAGUGUUUAACACAUAUGUGUGGCCGAUCUGUCUGCCGCCUCGAGGACUGCCGCUAGAGAAUGAACUCGCUACUGUUACAGGUUGGGGUACACUGUGGUACGGUGGACCGCAAAGCCAUGUUCUAAUGGAAGUAUCCGUCCCUGUGUGGGUACACCAAGAUUGUGUCAACUCGUUCAGCGAUUCGGUCUUCAAUGAGACACUGUGUGCCGGCGGUAAGGAAGGCGGGAAAGACGCUUGUCAGGGUGACAGUGGAGGUCCACUGAUGUACCAGAUGUCGAGCGGUCGCUGGGCGAUCAUCGGCGUGGUGUCGUGGGGCGUGCGCUGCGGAGAGGCGUUACACCCCGGCCUCUACACCCGCGUCGAUCAGUACUUAGAAUGGAUUGUGCUGAAUGCUGUCUUU